UGCCUCAAACCUCGUUGGGCUCAUCCAGGCUGCCACGAAAGUGCCUCGUGACACAACUUUGCUAAACUCUGAUAAGGGCAAGACCACAGCUCUCACGAACGACGCUGAAGUUCCUUCCGUAUGUGGAUGCUGCGAGUACUAAGGCCAAGAUGGCAUUGUCAUCCCCAUAUCUUCCGCUAGAAGUCCAUCGUAUCAUCUCCCAGUACAUUCACCGCUUCGAUCUACCGAAUUACCGACUCGCGAGCAAAGGUUUUGCAGCAAUCGGUGCUGAGGAGCUAUUUCGGACUAUCACAUUCCAUUACAGCAGCGCCAGCCUAGCUAGAGUCACAGCAAUAAGGGAGAGUGAACACCUUCAGAAGCAAGUCCAGGUCCUGACGUGGGACACCAACUUGUGGAAAAUUCCGCAAGUCAUGGAUCUUCACGAGUGGGAGACGUAUCUUCUAUUGAAAGCGGAAUACUUCCACCUCAAGUCUGCGGGCUGGACCUCUGAAGAUACUCAUGCGACCAAGCUCGCUCAGAUUGUGGGCAGCCGGCAGCAAUGGGAGCAAUACCUCGACAACGUCCAGGACGAAAAACGUGCCAAAUCUUACUGUGCCUCUCAUGAAUACCUCUUGGGCUUCGAUAAUGUGAAGAAACUCUGUAUCGUCAAUGGCGCGUUGGUUCCCGGUCACCGGGGUCUCCGGAAGGUGGGAAACAAUGUCCUACUUGCUGAGGACAACCCAGCGACUCUGCUCAGAGGAGAGGGUCUUCAUAGGAGUGGGGAUCACGUAUCCGCUUCCGCCAGGCCUAGCGUCCAUGCGUUCCAGGUCAUCCCAGAGCUAUCUGGACUUGAUUUAAAGAAGUUGAGGUUAGAUGCUCUAUGUUGGCGAGCAUUCUGUCGUCCAAUGAAAUCGAUUAGCGCACUCCAAAACUUGACCAGUCUUCGCCUACAGCUCACAGUACAGUCCGAGGGUGCGGAUCCUGACACUGGACACGCUAGACAGGACAUAUGCGACGGCUUCCUCACAGAAUAUCUUACAAACCUCCCUCAUCUCGAGUCCCUUCAGCUUGAUCUGGAAGGUCGCAUUUGUGGAGACGAUAAUGGUUACAGGGCGCCCUCGACUAUUGACGACAUCUUUCCUCCUGAACAUACAUGGCCAAAACUUCGGAAGUUGUCCCUGCGUUAUCUCGAUACGACCCCAGGGGCGUUACUGUCGCUCCUACGGAGGCACAGUUCAACGUUGAAGAUUUUGAGACUUCAUAGCAUAUGUCUCGAGAUGAACCUAUCUGACAAUAACUUGUACUUGAACUGGCCCCAGGUGCUACAAGAAAUCAGCGUUACGUUACACCUUGAACGAGCAACUUUAUCAGGAUGGCUGGGGUUCGAUCAAGGAGGAUACGAAUGGAAUCUCGGGGAAAAGAGGACUCUCGCCGUUGCGGCUGCGACUCAUCUUGUUGCGGGCGGAGAAUGUCCACUGCAUGAGGGCAACGCUUAUUUUGGACGAUCAAAUCGAAGUGGCGCUUAAGCCAACCGCCCUGUGGCACGAAGGCGUGGAUUUGGGAUACACAUGAUAUUUUACUAUGCUAAUUUAUGCUUGAGAUAACAACACUUAAGAGCGGCAUCUUGUUCUACCUUCGCAAACAGGACAAGCCUCCAACUCUAGUAGUUGUACUUGUAGCACAGCGUCUCCGCAGUGGUAUCCAAAACAUCCCUAA